AUGUCAAAUAAAUGGCAUCAUCCAGCAGAUGAUGUUGUGUUACCCCAGCAGCAGAUCUGCAAGCAGGUUGUGGCCGUGAUGGAAAGGAGACCCCGUAGACAUUUCUACCCCGAACUAAGCUAUAUCAAAUAUUGGUGCAGUAAAAUAGAAAUCAAGCAGCAGCAGGGUGCAAAGACCAUCCGAGAGCGCUGUGAAACCGUGGAAUACAUACUCUUGCUAACGGGCCUGGAUAACACCACCAAUGAGGAACUGGAUAGGUUUAAAUUCUUUCUUCCAGAUAAGUGUAAUAUUGUCACAGGCAAACGACAUACUGCAAACAGGACAGAUGAAGACAGUUAACUUGACGAUUCAAAACGCUGGCGUGGUAUCCGCAGUGAGGAAGACCGUAUUUUUCAGAAGUUGAGUUAUAUGCUUGUAGCAAAAUGUCUUCAGGAAGAGGAGGGAAAAAGUAUACGUAGGAGUCCCGAAUCUGCCAGAUCCGUUUCUCUGCCAAGCCUGGGCCUUUCCUUUUAUGGCAUUUCAGGGAAUGCCUGUUGGUGA